UAAAAGUGAACAUUAACAAAACAAAAGCGUAUGUUUUUUAAUUUUUAGAGUUUUAAUUGCUAAAUAAAAAAAAAAGAAAGAAAUUAGGAUUUUAUUUUUGUUUUACGAUGUCGUCUUUGGUGAUUACUGUAAUGGGGUCUGCUAUAUUAGCAUUAUUGGUAGCAGGUUACAUAGGUCAGAAGUACUUGCCUGCCCCCAAGCCCAAGAUUGUAGGAAUCGAUUUAGGAACGACAUACUCCUGCAUAGGAGCCUACCAUGCAGUUUCCGGAAAAGUUGACAUCAUUCCAGACGGGGACGGUCAUCUGUGUAUACCCAGUGUUGUUGCCUACAGGGACACAGGUGAUGUGCUAGUCGGCUACGACGCCGUCAACCAGGCAGACCACAACCCAUCCAACACGUUCUACGAUGCCAAGAGGUUCAUCGGGAAGAAGUUUUCGUUAGAGGAAUUUCAGAGAGAAGCUUCCAGAUAUCCAUUCCAUAUCCAUCGAGAUGGCGUUGAUGGUUCGGUAAAAUUUUACACGACCCACCACCCGGAUCUCCACAUAUCCCCUGAAACCAUCGGCUCAGAAAUUCUUCUCACCCUAAAAAAAUCGGCCGAGGCCCAUUUUAAAUUCCCCAUCUCGAAAGCUGUCAUUUCAGUUCCAGCCGAAUUUGAUGAAGAGCAGAGGAAUUGUACUAAAAAUGCUGCCCUCUUCGCUGGCAUAGAAGUGAUUCGAGUCAUCAAUGAACCGACUGCAGCCGCCCUAGCAUAUGGACUCCACCAAAAAGGGGGGGCACAGGAUGUCCUGGUCGUGGACCUGGGGGGCGGUACCCUCGAUGUCUCCCUGCUGGAUAUCCAGGGCGGAAUGUUUCUGACCAGAGCCAUGGCAGGCAACAACCACCUCGGCGGCCAGGACUUCAACGAGCGCUUGAAGUCUCACAUCACUGCUGAAGUUGAGAAGAAGUUUAGGAGGAAGCUGGAGGACCCGGAAGAUGUCCAGGCGCUUAGGGCUGCCGUCGAAAACCUCAAGAUCAACCUCACCCUGUACAAUUCAGCUCGGCUGCAACUCGAUCUUGUAUCUUUAAAAGAUGAGGAUGAUAAUAAUAAUAAUAAUAAACGACAUACAAAUAAUAAUAAUAACAAAAAUAAUAACGCGUACAACUUCGAAUUAGAAGUGACUCGAGACUUAUUUGAAAAAAUAAACAGAGAUCUUUUCGAAAGAGUGAUCGAACCCAUAAAGUUAGUGCUAGAAGCAGGCGAGCUAUCGACAGAGGAGGUCGAGGAGAUAGUCUUAGUCGGGGGGUCCACCAGAAUCCCUAAAGUUAGGCAGUUAGUGAGCGAAUAUUUCAAUAAUAAACAAUUAAACGUAGCUAUCGAUCCUGAGCUGGCUGUAGUCACUGGGGUGUCGAUUCAAGCGGGAAUUGUGGGCGGAGCUUGGCCGCUUUCUGUUAGCGCCGUCGAAUCAAAAACUUCCGUUAAGAAACUCUAUGUUAGAUAGCGUUUCGCUAUUGGCUGAAAUUUAUAAUGGUGUUUGGGUAUAAAUUUUUGAUUGGCUGACAAUUUGGGGAGUUUCAUUUGAAUGGCUGGUUAAAUUGAUGGUUAGUUGUUUCAUUGAUUAGAGUGACGAAGUGACUGGUUGUUAAGAUAUUUAGGAAAAUUUUUAUUCAUCAUUGUUUUAUCUUUUUGUAUAUACAAAUAAUAUUUUCUUAAUGUUGUUGUUGUAAAAGUUGUUGAUGUAGUUGUCAUUGUUGAUAGGUGCUGUACUAAUUAUUUUAGCGUUGUUUCGGUUAUUGUCUUGAGAAAUGUUAUUAUAACUGAAUUUUAAUUCUCUCUCUCUCUCUCUUUCUCUCUCUCUCUCUUUUUCUCUCUCUAAUGUUCUUUUAAUAUUUAUUCAAACAUAACUCGGUAAUAAGAUUGAUUGAGUCUCCAACUUGAAUAAUAAUAAUAAUCUUUUC